GAGAAAUGGUUGCAAGAACUACAUACUGGGGUAUACACAAAACCGAACAGUUAUGCAGGAAGUUCGUAUGAAAGAUUUUUAUUGCUUCAGAAAUCGAAUAAAGAAAUACCAAAGCCAUGGACACGCGUAGCUCUGAAGAUUUACAAGAAACCAUUAAAAUCAUUGAGGUAUAGAAUAAAAUUAUUAAUAAAUGCAAUUUCCAAUUGGUUAUCUUUGACUUUGAGACUCAAAAGCACUUUCCCCUUGAUGCAGAAUAUAUCAUUUGGCAGAGUAAAAUAACAAAUAUAAGGGUUCAUUGCAAAUAAAAAAUCAGGGUGCACUGCCACUUAAAGGGUUAAGUUCUCCUCCCCCCCCUCCCCUUCUUUUGCAACAAAGAGAGAUACUGUAUGUGACAGUGGCAACUGCAGACUCUAUGCUUAUCUAGGGGUGCACCGGAACUCACCGGUUAGUUCCGGCCGGAACCCCGAUUUUUUAGAGUUCCGGUUCCGGCCGGAACUAGUAAAAAAAGCAUGGCCGGAACCGGAACUCUGUCGUUUUCAGGGAGAUAGAAUAUCAAACGUUUUUGUGUCUAACAAAAUGUCACAGUAGGAAGAAAGUUGGACUACGCAAGGGAAAUGUACACUACUAACACUUCAUUAUGACGUUUAACGUUUGUCAGUCUUUUUAUUCUGACAUUUGCGAACUCUCUCCUUGAUGAUUUGAUGUGUCUGCUUGUCUGGCAGCGGACAAAGUAACAUAUGACUAUAUAUGGCUUAAUAAAUUAGUUCCGGUUCCGGCCGGAAGUUCCUGCCAGAACUUUUUUCCAGUUCCGGUCGGAUCCGGUUCCGGCCGGAACUUAAAAAACCGGUUCCGGUGCAUCCCUAUGCUUAUCCCCAGUAUGUUUUAUACUUUUAUGCUCAUUUGAACAAACUUAGAACCACAUCUUACACUUUUCAUAACCAUCAACGAUUGUUAAGGCAUCAACAACCGAAAUGGUCUAAUAUGUAGAUUUAAUAUGCAGACUUAUUUUGAGUCACAAUGAGAUAGGGCUAACAACCAUGCACAUUUGAAGUGUCAUUAAUCCUUUAAUGCACACGGCUUUCCCCUUGGACUUGUUGCAUGGCGGUAAAAUCGUCUGGUGUUAUACAGAGUAAAAUAAUAUAAUCUGUUGCAUUUGGGUGCAUUGCAGCAUAUUUAGCCUUUCUCACGCCGCCAUUUUUGGGUACGUGGCAACUUUUUUUAGAAAAGGGAUAGUAAGCAGUGAAAAUGAAACUUUCUAUAACUAUAGUUGUAAGUAUAAUCGUUAUAAAUCGAUUUACAGUUAAAUAUUUGGAAAAUUAUUUUCACAUCGCUUCGAUUUUUCACGUUAUUUAUAAAAUAGUACCCAAAAAUGGCGGAUUUAGACCUUUGUGAAAAAGGUUAAUUGGUUAAUAUAAUUAAAAGUAUGGUCAGUCAUUUGGAAAACUUCUCAAAGCAGUAAUUCAGUUUUUGAAACUCAACAAAAACAAAAGAUCUUUGGCCCUAACAGGCCCUGUUAAGUUUUAGAUAUCGAAUUUACGUCAAAUGUAAUAGCAUGUAUUCCAAUUUCCAAUUGUCAUCACAAGUGUGAUUUGUCCAGAUAUAUAGAGAGCUCACUGUUUUUUUCAGGUAGUUGAAUACUUGAAUCCAUCUUAAGGCCCAUUUCCACUCAGGGAAAAUUCCCACGGACAGAAAAUUUUCCGAAAAUAUCAUUGUUAAAAGUUGAAAAUUUUCAACUUCAAAUUUUUUUUCCGACGGAAAAUUUGUGUCGACCAAUCACAUUUUACAAAAUUUUCUUUCCGCGGAAAAUUUCCCUGAGUGGAAAUGGGCCUAGAAUUAGGCCUGGUUUCCAUAUGGUCGUAAUGGUCGUAAAAAUAGAGUCACGAUCUUUCUCAACGGCCUGUUUAUAAUCAUAUAGUUUAUACCUGUAAGCGACAUAUAAAUCAUGACUAUUUUGUAGUUAUAAUCACUCUACGUAUUUUCACUUCUAAAAUGUUGUAUUUCGGCUGAUGAGAAAGAUCGUGACUCGAUCUUUACGAUCAUAUAUGGAAACCAGUAGAAUAAAUAUAAACUUACAAAUUUAUUAACUAGUAGAAUAAAGAAACUUACAAUAGACCUUUCCAAGGUUAACGACGCCAUCAUGAAACGCAAUAGUGCAAGGGGUGCAAAUACAAUGGAAUUCCCUAUAGGUAAAUUUGUAGGGGAUGCAAACACAAUGGUGAAAACAAUAGAUUCAAGAUGGCGUCCUUAACCUUGGAAAGGUCUAUUAUAACCGCAGCUUUUUGGUGUUAUCUUCACUAUACCUACGUUAUGGCUGGCUCAGUAUCUUUGCUAAUUAUGCUAAUGUAUGUAAUGACCAAUGUACUGUAAAACAACAUUUUUUAACCAGGAUUCCACAAGUUCCCAGUGAAUACAACUUUCCUUGCAAUGAUACGUUCGCUGAUCUAAUGUCUUAUGUGUCAACUGAGAACUUCAAGAAUUAUUUAUUGCAAGCUUCGAAGAAGUACAGCAGCACGCCGAUUAAUGGCGAUGUGAAAUUCGAGGAGAUUCACGGAGAGGUACGAUAUAAGUAG